AUGAGUGAUUAUAGCUCGGAUGACGACGAUCGCCGAGUGGACUCGUGGCGGAAAACAAAGGGCCGUAGAGCGAAGCGACAAAGCAAUUUCCUUGAGACCGUCUUGGAUUCGUCAAUCGCGAGCAGCAUGGAAAAGCCGCUAUUCAAGGCCAUUCGAAUGUGGAUCGACAGCAACACAGGCCUAGACUUGAAGUUUCUGGUCUGGGCCAUUGCUUUAUGCGUUCCCACCCACAAAUAUGGCAGCGCAACAUGCAAAUGGUUGAGCUCGAAUCUCACAAAUUCUGUCGAGCUCGACUAUGAGGAUGCGCUUGUCACUGACCUUUUGAUAUGGAUCAGCAAGCAGCCUUCCAAUCAGCUGUUUGCCUGGCUUCCUAGUUUUGAACACCUGGAAUGGAAAGAUUUGUCAAACGAGACAAAAACAGCCGAUACUGGUGAGAGUAAUAGCUACCAGCUCAUCGCUUCUGCAGGCUACACUCCUUUCUUCCAUGGAGAGGAUUACUAUUGGCAAAAUGGAACACCAUACCGGAUAGGUUACAUGUUUUAUGGGCCAGCCGGUACUGGUAAGACGAGUUUGUCUACGGCGAUUGCGAGCCACUACAAUCUUCCACUUUGUGUCAUCGAUUUAGCUGGCAUGGACGACAAGAUCCUGCAAGACAAAGUCAAAAGCUUGCCACCCCGUUGUGUCAUCUUGGUUGAAGACAUUGAUGCUGCAGGUAUUGUACGUGAGCGCACAAUGGUGCCGAAGACUGACGCUAGUGACGAAGGAGAUGAAACGAGCUCGGAAUCGGAAUCGGAAUCUUCUGACACUUGGGACACGAAGCCUAGUAAGGAAAAAGUGAAGAAGAUGGAUUCAAAGAAGAUGAAUCCGUCGCUUUCCCAACCCUCAAGGACAGAGGUCACUCUGAGCGGUCUUCUCAAUACGUUAGAUGGACCCGGAUCACGGGAAGGCCAUAUCGUCAUCUUGACAACGAACGCUCCUGAUUCUUUGGAUGAAGCCUUAUAUCGCCCUGGUCGUAUAGAUACCCAAGUGUAUCUCGGCUUCGCAGAUCAGGUCACCGCUGGUAUAACCUUCACACGCAUCUUUGGCAGCGACAAACAAGUUAAAGAGUCGCAGAAAGCAGUCAGAAAGCUGGGCGGAGAAUUCGGGCGGUUGGUACCAUCUGAUUUCUUUACUCCUGCAGAGAUUCAAAAGUUCUGUAUGAACAGGCGUGGUCAGCCACAAAAGGCAGUCGACGAGUUUCCUGGAUACAUCGACGAGAAGCGAACAAGAAAGACCAAGUUCCAAUAUGACAUCCAUCGACGCGCACCGAAACCCACGUUUCAUAAGGAAGAGGUGAUGAAUGACGAUGACAGCAGCGAUGAAGUUGAAUAUACCCCGAGGGAUUCCGAGGAGUCUUUCGAAGGUGCACACACUACCUUCCCAGAAUUGUCUUGCAUAUCAUCAACAGAGACUUCUGUGAAGCGACCUGCGAAAGAGCAGCUGUUUGUCGCGCAUGGAUACGAGCAUGAUGACGACGCUUUGGCAUAUGGCGACUACUAUCCGCACAGACAAUGGGUAUGGGAAGAUCGUUUGGCUAAGGAUGUCGUUGAUACGUAUCAAGGACUCAUAGAUAUGCUCACCUUUCCCUCGGUAGUGCCAUUUCGGCACCAGAGCACACCCUAUAAGGAAUGCAGGUUACAGGACUGGGCAGUUCCUGCAUUGAGCAUGGGGAAAGGCCAGCAUAUGUCCCUGUCUGGUACUUAUUGCGAGACGGAUAGUAUCGAGCCUUGGGUACUUUGCAAGCCUGACAUUCGGCCAUGGAGGUUGUUGCGCGAGCACCACAAUCUACGACCAAAUGAUAUCGAAGAAAUGCACUUGCCGAAUCUUGACUCUUGUACGGCCGUACGGCCGUCGCUUCCUCAAUCCCACCCAGGUUCAACAUCUCUCGAUGAGUCUCGGUCAACUUUGCCGUCUCCGACAGAAUCCACAGAAGCAUCUUCAUACUACACGCCUUUGUCCGUUGGCGAACAGAGCGAGCAGACUUUUCAGCGCCACCGCCGCCCCAGUCACCCAGACGUCGCUGGCCGCCGCAAUGUCUAUCCUUAUCACGGGCCUUUACCACGCACCGCUGAGGAAGAUUCUUGGGUAGAUGAGGCAUCGCCCAAGUCUGCUACAGUUUUGCUUCGCAAUGUAGAUCCGCAGCCAUUGAAAGGUUCCGAGCAGCUCAGGCUGACAGAACGCGACCGUGAUGCUGUGGACUAG